CAUCCGUUGGGAUUUAUUCGAUGGGUUCUCCUUUUUUGAUGAAAUCUUGUGCUGUAGUUUUUCUUCUCUCUGUUGUGGGAAAAAGAAUGAGUUGAAAAAAAUAUCUGGGUGUAUGGUGGGUCCGAGUCGACUGAGUUGAGACCGUUUCCUGGUCUAGAAGCGUCUUUUGCUUGAAUUCUUGGAAGCAACCACCGGAUUUUGGGUCGGUUUUGGUUGAGUUGGACUGGAGCGGGACUGAGUUGGGAUCGGGUUAUUUUCCGAGUUUGGCUCUCGUGUUUUUGUUGCUAGGAGUGUGGAUUAGGCGGAGGUUUAAGCAAGAAGGGUGUUUUGUGUUCUGCCGACUAGCGUGGUGAGUUCACAACUUGAUUGGCUUUGUGAGUCGGUUUGGCUUCUGGUUCUUGGAGACUGGUUGAGCUGGGCUGCUGAGUUCGUCCUUCAUUGUAAAGGACUGAGCCGAUUAGUGUGACAGGCGGUUGGUAGUUUCAUUUCCGGAAGGCUCGCCUGAAUUUGUUUUGAAAGAGGAAGGAAGAUAAGAAUUUUGGUGUUCGUCAUUAUCAGAGCUUUCUGCAGCCUGCGUUAAACCAAGUUUUGGUCUUUGAAGGUGUUUAAAUUACAAAAGUAAAGAAAAAAUUAGCUCUGUGUGUUUGCCACAUAGGAAUCAACACAAGCCGAUGCCUUCAGUGGGAAUGAGAAGGACUACAAGGGUCUUUGGGGCGCGAGUUUUACGUUCAGGGAGGAGGCUGUGGACAGAACCGCAUGAAGGGAGCAAAUAUGUGAGAGCAGCUCAUGGGGAAAAUAAGUGGACUGAGCUUAUAGACAAUUCUGCAGAUGGAGGAGGGGAUGCUGGUGAUCACCGCAAGGACAUGUGGCAAGACAACGAAAAUGGUGCUUUUGUGGACAUGACUGCGGAAGCUAGAGCAGAAGAAUGUGUAUCGGAAGGUAUGGUGGAAGCAAAAGAUGUGGACAGGAUGUGUGGUAUUGUGUAUAGGAGAAAGAGAAUGAGGAUGGAGUUGGGCCUUACAGAAGAUAAAAGGUAUGGGAAGAAGUUUGUAAGGAAACAAUGGAGGAAAAAAUCCCGAGCUACUGAAUCGUUUGAAAUUUGUGGAGACUUCUGGGAUCCUGUUAGCAGGUCUCAAGAACUUGCUAUAGUUGUUAAUGGGUCUUCUUAUGAUUACGGCUAUUGGGUUGCUUGCUUCUUGAGUUCACUGCUGAGCUACAUGACUAGGGUUAGAAUUGGAAUGAGGCGGUUGCGUGCAUUUGUGCUCUCGAAGCCAAUUUUUGACGCAUUUUCCUCAUGUGGAGUGCUUUUUCUCCAGGAUUCUAUUACUGCCAAGAACCCUGGUAUUUGCCUAAUUUCAGGAUCCCGGUCUUUGAUACCAUUGAUUUCUGUCGAUUUUACUUCAAUCCCAUCUUUUUUUAUACGUAUGCAAACAAGUAUGCACCUUAGAUCUGCGCAUUUGGCUUGCUUGCUUGUGGCACAUUCGACAGAUAUUUAUGAGAAUGAUGAGAAAGUGACAGAUCUGGUUGAUGAUGCUGGAGAAACCUCAUUUCAAAUUCCUUCGAGAGACCACAGAGAUUGUAUUUCAGUAGCUUAUCAAAUUUCCCCUGAAAGAGACAUAUCAUACACUGAUGCAGUAGUAUCUGGUAAUGAUACCUCAGAGAGUCGGGCGUUGUCACACUCAGCCGUUGGAUUACCUAAAUCUGCUCUUCGAAAUUUGCAGUUAAGAAACAGUCGUAAUAUCCAGAAACGGAGGAGUUCUUUGAGGCGUAAGAGAGGUAGACCACCAUCAGCUUUUCGAGCACAGAAAGCUAGUUGUGCUUUAUCUUCAGAUUUUUUCAGAGCUAGAAACGACAGCGUCCAAUUAUCUGCUGCAGCACCUAGUCGUUUACUUAGGAGCUCAGGUAAGAGGAGUUCUACUGCAAACAUUAAAGAGCUAAAAUCUGGCACAGUGGUGUUGACACAGGAUCUAUGUGCCAGUAGAUGUUCUGCUAACCUGUUAAUUACAGAAACAGACAAGUGUUAUCGGGAAGAAGGAGCUAUUAUCACGUUAGAAUUAUCCUCUUCCAAGCAAUGGUUUCUUGCUGUUAUGAAGGGUGGAAUAAAGCGAUACUGUCUGACUGCACAAAAGGUCAUGAGGCCAUCUUGUUCUAACCGCUUCACUCAUGCUGUAAUAUGGACAGCAGACGGUGGUUGGAAGCUUGAGUUUCCUAAUAAACAAGAUUGGUCAAUUUUCAAGGAACUUUAUAAGGAAUGCUCUGAACGGAACAUGCAGUCCCCUGCAGCUAGUUUUAUUCCUGUACCGGAGGUGCAAGAAGUGUCUAACCCUGUUGAUACCAGUUACAUGCCAUAUGUGAGGCCUGAUUCGUACAUUACUGUGAAAGAUGAUGAGCUAAUCAGGGCUUUGGUGAAGAAGAACGCCAUCUAUGACAUGGACUCCGAUGAUGAGGAAUGGCUGACCAAAUUGAAUGACGAGUUAUAUGCAGGAAAGGAGCUGCGAGAACGUGUCAAACCUGAGAGUUUUGAGUUGAUCAUUGAUGCUCUUGAGAAAGGGCUUCACUGCAAUCCAGAUGAGCAAUUUGAUGAGCAAGCAGCCUAUGAGUUUUGUAUGCAUCUUGAGAGAAGGGAAGUUAUAGAGGCUAUCCGUAAUUAUUGGAUUAAAAAGCGGAAACAGAAGCGCUCUGCUUUAGUAAGGAUUUUCCAGCUAUACCAGCCUAGAAGAACUCAAGUGCUACCAAAGUCCGUUUUGCGGAAGAAAAGAUCAUUCAAACGGCAAGCAAGUCAGGGUGGGAGAGGCAAACAACUCCCUUUGCUGCAAGCAAUAGCAGCCGAACGAGAUGCUUUGGAACAACAAAACAACACACACAAAGUGCAAGAAGCUAAAGCUGCUGCAGACAGAUUUGAGGGAUUGGCUAUUCAAAAGCGUCAACGAGCCCAAAUGCUCAUGGAAAAUGCGGACUUAGCUACUUACAAAGCCAUGAUGGCUCUUAGAAUUGCAGAAGCAGCUCAAAUUUCAGAGGCUCCGGGUACAGUUGCAUCCCUUUUUCUUGGUUAACCGACGGAGUAGUAACAAUCAUAUUUCAUUAAGAUGGCCAAUUUUUUC